AUGGUUGUGUCGGCAGAAGUCCAGUCGGAGCAGGCCCAGCUACAUGCAUUGCAAAAGCUCGACGAGCAAUGCGUGCAGUACCAACUUCAGGGCAAUUACGUGGCAGCGCUCGAAAGCAUGGAGCGGGCGUUGGUCCUUCGCCGUCACUUCUUUGGGCUGGAUGCAGCUGAGGUGCGCGAGUCUUGCAAAGCAAUUGCGGAAAUGUGCAACCUCCUCUCCAUGACGUACCUCCAGCAAGAAAACUACACCAUCACAUGGGAGCUGCUGAAAAAAGCAGAGAUUCUUACAGAGCAUCAUCCACAAGAGCGCGCCACAACACUCAACAACAUGGCGUGCUACUUCCGCCGAAUUGGAAAGCUUCACGGCGCCCUGUCCUGUCUGAAACGGGCACUUGCGAUUGAGUUGCAGUUGAACAAGCUCCAGACAACAGCAGACACCCACUUAAACCUGUGUGCCGUGCUCUCCACCAUGGGAAAGCACUCGGAAGCAGUUGAGCAUGCCCAGUCCGCCCUCAUUUUGCUUCAAGAUGAGCUAUUUUCAUCAGGAAGCGACCGUAAGCCGCUCGACACAAACAAAGAUCGUGUGUCAGUUCUUUGUAUUGCGUACCACAACCUGGGGGUGGAGUACGAAUACUUGAAGCAAUACAAUCAGUGUGUUGCGUCGUAUCAAAAGGGGGUGGGGAUCGCUGAGCAAUAUCUGGGCAACAGCCACGGCGUAACAAUUACUCUGACUAAUUCUUACGUUGCAGCUCGGCGGACUGUGCACACAAAAGCAAAAAAGGAAGUGCUUGAGAUGCAAAAGAGUCCCAAAAAAGGCUCAAGUCAGACUCGUCCAAAGCAUUUGGAGGAGAUGUCCCCAACGAAAUUCAAACAUCCGAGCAACCUCGUCACGAGUCCGAGGAGCCACGCUCGAAACGAGCUACCGCCAUUGGAUAUUCCCAAAUCCCCGUCGCGAUCAGGGUCGCCGAGGACGCCAACGAGACCCGUGCCAAUUGACGAGGCACCACUCAUUCGGCACCAAUCGCUCGAGCCCCUGCGCUUGACGCCAGGAACACAGGCCAACAUAAAUGCCGACCUUCAGAACGAUGCUUCUUUGGCCACACCGGAUGUGUCUAUCCCCCUGCUUCAUGUACAAUUGGCUGAGGCGAACGUUGAAAAGGUCCCUUCGUACCGACCUACAGGACGUUUGCCUUCCGAUGAACCACCAUUCGAUCCAAAAGUGCCGAUUGAAUCAACUAGCAUGUCGACCACUCCGACAACGUUGACUUUUGCGAAUGACGGGGAAGCAUCAACAAAAGACAGUGCUGCUAUGGCCAACACUACGAGAGCUUCUCAACGUGAGAAUGCGAAUGAUGCUGAAGAGUCUGGAUCAAAUACCAACGACAGUGCGAAUGCGGUAGACGAAGCGGUUGCGGCGGCCGACGAUACUCAGACACCGGUCAUUGCAGCCCAUGUCGAUGGUUUGGACGACUGUCCUUCAUCAGACGCCGAUCAAAGUAACCCAGGUUUACCUGUUGUGGUUCCUUCUGCUGUCAAAUUGACUCCUGAUGACGUGGUGGGGGAGACCACGAAUGGCAUCGAACAAGUUUUUUCUUCCGAAGAGGCCUCCAGUGCAGAGUCGGCUAUCGUGGAUGACCCGAUAGAUCAGCUAUUGAUGGUAGCCAGCGCGAUUUCAACUGAGACGGACGGUCUCACCGCAACCGACAACAGCGUGAACCCUCCGAGAGCGGUGGAAAUGGAGAAGGAAUCCCCCUUGCAGCUUGCUAUCAACACGGCGCCGGUGGAUCCUGUUGCUGAAGCCGCACAUUUGGAAGAAAACGAGCAACCUGCAACGUCCUCCGAUGGCAAGCAAACUUCUCUUGAUCAAGUGGCCACGAGUGCUGUCGCCGACAGUCGCGGAAACACGAUAUCCGUGAUUGCUGCUGUCAACGUUCAAGCUGCUGAUCCUGUGGGCAAAAUUCCUCCAGCCAAGGAGGAUACAGGUGCUAACGUUGGGCACUCCAAUGAUUUUCAACUGCAAAUGAACGCCGCUGAAGCACCUCCUUUUGCAGCGGGUGGGGUGGCCAUUCAAGGACUGAAUGCAUCAUCAUCCAAAAUGGCCGAGUCGCAAGUGGACGUUGAGGAAAUUCCAUCUCCGACGAGUGAUUCGCCCGAGCCUAUUGUACGUGCUCCUCCUGCUGCUGCUGCCACGGCGCUUGAACUGACGUCCACCACUCAAUUUGUCGUCGACGAGGCCACAACCAUCUCCGAAGAAGGAAAUGUGGGGGAGGUUCCUGUGUCUGCCCAAAGUGGAGAUGCCGAGCCAUCUUCAAUCGCCGUCAACGACACGACGGAUAAUGCUGUAAAAGCAGUCGAGAAGGUGGACAGCAAAGACUCCUCGACGUUCACUUUCGAAGCGAUCUCACAGCCACCGAAAGUGGAGACUGUGCCUGACGAAAUCCCGUUGCCCACCGAAGUAAAUCCCAUGUCCUCUGAUGCGAAUAUCCAUGCGUCCGACGUUGCUGCAGUUGAGCAAGGCGUCGCCAAGGAUGAGUCUCGUCUGCGAGAUAUUCCUCUGGUACCCCCCGAAGUAGUUUCCAAAGUUACAACUACUGCCGAUGGCAUUCUGAUCGACGGGACUGUGUCUAAACCUGAAGAUGCUUGUUUGCAAAAAGAAGUGAUCGAAGGGGCAGCAGCGGCGGCAAUCGAGGUUGCGUGUGACAUGAUCAGUUUUGCCGAUGGCACCGCCGCCGGCAACGAGUCGACCCUUGUUCAAAACGCGGUAAACUUGGACGAAGUCACAUCCACAUCACCGCCAAAUCACCUUGAUGCAAGUUACUCAAUGCCAUCGCAAGCUGCAGGUUCCGUCGGAGGGGCUGUCGAUGCUGGGGAAUGCACUGAGCCCGUUGAAGACCUUGUGGUCUUUCACGAUGGAGAUUCUCCGGCCAAAGAAUCGGUGGCCCACCCUGCUGCACAGUCCUCAAUCCAACAAGACGAGGUUGCUACAACAUUUGCAAAGCCUCCUGCAGAUACAUCGCCGAUCCGAACGCUCGCUGCAUUAGAUGAAGAAGUGGUAUCCGCAUUGCUGGGGACAGUGGAUGCCGCCCCUUCCCCCGCCCUCCAAGCAACAGAAGGGGAAUCCAGCGAUAUGGACGCCGAUGCGAACGUACUCCAAGAGAAGGAACGUGUGAUAGUUUUGCUGAAUGAGACUGCCAAGGCCUUUCAGCUCCAAGUCGCCUCGCUUCAGGAUGAGCUCACCGUGACGAAGAAUCUGCUCGCACAACGAGACAUGGUCGUGCAAGAUCUCCAGCAACAUGUACAGGACCUUAAGAACGCGUACGCUGAUCAAGCCAAUACUGUCCAAGGACUGCAGAGCCAGUUGGCCGUUAAAACCGCAGCACUUGACGAGGUGGAGAGCCAACUCAAGACGGCCGAUGCCGAGUUCGAAGCGCUGAAAGCGGCGUGGGAGCACCAUCAAGCAGACCAAACCGAUAGAGGCGAAGAAUGCAAGAAACUAAACGCAGAGAUGUCGCAACUCCAUGCCCAAGUGGAUCAACUCAACGUGAUCAAUCGACGAUUCGACAAACAGCUGCGGGAGAAAGCGUCCGUUGUCAUGGUCGAUGCAUGUCUGUCGGCGCGCGACUUCUCUGAGAACCAGCUCAUUUCUCUACGAGAUGACGCAAUUGCGGCAAAGGCAAAGGAGUUGAGCCUCGUGACAGCGGCAAACGACGGGCUUCGAGCUCAACUGGAUGCGUUGGAAACGGAGUUAGAGCGUUUGGAAGCAGCGCUGACAAGUAAAGACGUAGAACUCCAUCGAAACGCCAAGAGAAUGGACAAGCUGGAGCGGCACGUGGCAACGUUGGAAGCUGCGGCCAAACAAACUCGAGGGAAGGAGCUUGCGAUGGAGCUGAGUACCAAGCAGAACACGCAGUUGCUGCAGUGCUUGCAGGCAGAGGAAGCCAAGAGCGACCUACUUCGACAACAAGUUGACGCUCUGUCGACCGACUUGGCUCACGUUCAACACCAAGCAACGCAGAUUCGAUCCGACGCCGCAGUGGUUGAGAUCGAUGUUCAGUUGAAAACAAAGACUCUGGAGAGGCAGUCCCACAAUUUGAUGACGUCGCUGGAAAAACUCCACAAGGAGCGCGAGAUGCUGCGCGACGAAUUGGCCGACAUGCGAUCAAAAGCAAGGAUCGAGGUGGAAGCGAUGCAAGGCGAGCUGGUGCACCGGCGAAACAAGCAAUACGAGCUGACACUGAAGCUUCACGAAACCGAGUCACAGAUGCAUACCCUCCGCAGCACGAAUGAAGUGCUGGGAGAAGAGCUCGAGGCAACUCGUUCGAGAAUGCAAGAGCUGGAUCGGCUGCACAUGGAAGCCAAGCGGUGGAAGGAAGACAUGGCUCGGACGUUCGAGUGUUUGCGCCAAGAACAUGCCCAACUUCAGCGGACACUUGCCACCGACUCGAACCAAUUCCAAGUGGAAAAGGCCGCGCUACAAGGGCAGCUCAAGGAGUUGGAGCGUUUUGUGCACGCGCAAGCGGCAGAGUUGAGUAAGUCCGUGGAUGCCAAGAAAAGCGUGUAUCAGGACAUGCAAACGUUGGAAAAGCAAAUUGAAGGGCUGCACGACCGCAUUCACGGCUUGGUGGCCGAGGCAAAUGCAGAGACGAAGCGACGCAUGGGGCUUGAGAUGGAGUUGAAGGUGGCCCAAGACCAACUGCACCAGGUCCAAGCGAAUUCGCAAACGAUGCUGGUGGGAUGCUACGAGGAGCACAAGAAGCUGCACGAUGGAAAAGAGAAGCUCAAGAAACGACUCGACCAGCUCGAGUUUGAAUACAAGCGCGAACAACACGGCAAAUCCCAACUCUUGCACUUGUCGUACAACGCGGCGACCCCAAACCGAGGAAAUCUGGUCGAGUGCUGGCUGUCCGACGUGGAUUUGCCUGUACUGGUUCGAUAUGCUCAAGCACUUGCGGCACCUCUCGACACGUUGGACCUGCGCUCGAAUCGCAUCACCGAUCAAGGAGUGAAACAUUUGCUGCAGCUCGUGCAGUCCAAACGGGUCCCACCACACAUGAAACUUCAAGAGAAUUUUAUUUCGCCGCAAGGCAUCCGCCAACUCGCGAGUGGCAUCGAAGCCAUGGGGUACACGAUUGUGAUCCACGACGGACGAAUUGAAGGCACAGACGCGAGCGGAACUUUGACGCUGGACGUGUCCAACAACAAAGACGCGUCGGUCUUGGUAUACACCCCGUCGUUACCGAGUGGUUGCAAAGUCAAAAAACAAAAGCCCGCGAGUGUGUCAAAGCCAGAUCCGCUCGAAGGGAUCUACGGCGCAGAUUUGGUUCAAACGAUGUUGGAGAAACCCAAGAAAGACCCUCCGAGUGGAAAGAACCAAAGCCCUCGCCUGCGAUCACCGCGGUCGCUACCGAAAUUAUGACGUCGCAGUGGUAGAAUAUCGAUGCAGCAGUCGUGGGAGACUUGAAAGGACGACGUUCUCA